AUGACUAACCAAGUCGAAGCCGGCGGGCCUUCACUCUUUCAGGCCCGCAAAACCCACCACAACCACAACCACAAUCAUAACCACCAGCAUCAGCACCAGCAUCAGCAUUUUCACCGUCGUUUACACUCGCACCUCGAGGCUCCUCAACCGCCAGCGGCCGACAGCGCCACAUCUCACAUUCGUUUACCAAGCGACCAGCUGCAUGAGCUGCAUGAGCGCCAAGAAGUCGUCGUCGUUCAAACCGUGUCCGUGGUGCACUUCGUCGAUGAUUCGGGCGCAGUCACUAGCGUUUCGACCAUUCGAUCCGAUUCUCUCGCGCCGUCGCCGUUAGAGGUCCUGCCAGGUGUCACCACGGGUCUUACUGCCCUGGGUGACGUAUUGCCCAGCGUGUCGCUCUCUGGCCUGAUCCCGGUUCCCAGCGAUGGCGCGCCAUCGACCACGACCUCCGCACAGACGGAGCUGUCAUCCACUUUAUUGUCUGCGUCCUCGGAGACGCUGACGUCCUCUCCUUUGAGCAGUUCAUCUGCUUUUCCCACCUUGACCACUGGGAUUUUCAACUCGUCCUCCGCUGCAUUCGUACCGUCACUCUUUAGCAACAGUACAGCAGCCAGGCUCUUUUCAAACACUACAAGGACGUCGUUCACUAUCUUCGCUUCUACCUCGACAGAGAGCUCAACCGCUCAAUUGACCACUGCGACCGCUUCCAGCGAUAGCUUUACGAUAGAGGGCGGAUCCGGAGUCGGAGAGGGAGCCGGAGCUGGAGCCGAGGAAAGCGCAAAUGCCGGUGCUGGAUCUGCAACUGCCUCUUCCGCUGGCGCGGACCCGACAUACGCACCUGGUCCCGGACUCACCCCCGAAGCACGAAACGCCGUCGUCGGGGGCGUAGUAGGCAGUGUUGCUGGAAUUGCGCUCGUUGUCAUGGCGUUAAUGUUCAUCUUGAAAUGGAGGAAACAGCGCAGCAGGGGUAUCAGGCUUCUAGGCGACGAGGGCAGCGCCGCGCGCGGCAAAGGUCUCGGGUACGGAACAUCGCCUCCGGGCGGAGGAGGAGUCAUGGCGGAGCGGUCAACGCCGUUCGCAGUUGCAGCCGCUCUUGCCAAGCUGACCGGGAGUCAACGAUCGAUCGCAGCCGCCCCCGCGGAACCGGCCACGCAAGAAAAGGGCUUUUACCGAGUAUCCGGACGGAAACUGACCUCCGUCCUGCAAUCCGGCGGAGACGGCUAUAGCGACCCCCACGACAGCAUAGGCAGCGGCACGUCGUAUUACAGAGACUCUCAGGCCUUUUUCGAUAGCCCGGACGUAGCCCCGUUACAGCUCGGGUCGCCGAUGCGGCCCCGAAGCGGUAUUCCCGUCUUUCGGGACGGGCCCCAACGAACUCCGGUGCACGAGCAAGUUCCGGUGCCUCCCGGCCAUCCCCCUCCGGCUCUCCCCGCAACACUGCCGGUACCCGAUGCGCUCGGCCGCAGCUUUGGGUCGCGAGACGGGUCGCGCGUCUCCAGGUUUACAGAAGACACAUGA